ACAUUCAAAUUCUCUCUCUUUUACUUUGUUUUGUUGAACGAAUCUGGUUCUACUGUUAAGCUUAAUCGCCACACUUAGUACUCUGUCUUUGUCUCUUUCACUCUCUCUUUCUCACAAAAAGGUUUUAAGUUCUACAGAUUAAAUGUAAAAAAGAAGAAAAAGUAAAGCGGUAUACAAUCUCUGCGGUCUCCUCCUUAACUAGUAUAUAUAAAAUGCUGAGCUCAAAACUUUCACCUUUCAGCAUAUCUUCUUCUCUCAUGUUCAACAGACUAAUCCCAACUCAACAAUGGUGAGAAAGUUCCUUGCUUUUGUUUUCAUUUCACAGUUUCUUUUUUGUGGGUUCUCUUCAGUUUCGGCUUCAACACCACCUGCAAAAAUUGUAAGUGGGGUUGUCACUGAUGCGGUCUCUGCUCUUGUGAAAUGGCUGUGGUCACUAAAAGCUCCUGCAAAAACUGGUAGAGCUGUGUCUAGCAGUUCAAGGAUGAAAUUUGAGGGUGGAUAUACAGUGGAGACAUUGUUUGAUGGAAGCAAGUUUGGAAUCGAGCCUUACUCAGUUGAGGUGUCACCGAGUGGGGAACUUCUUGUUUUGGAUAGUGAAAACAGUAACAUUUACAAGAUCUCCACUCCAUUGUCUAAGUAUAGCAGACCAAGGCUAGUUGCCGGGUCACCUGAAGGGUACUAUGGGCAUGUGGAUGGGAAACCUAGAGAGGCGAGAUUGAACCACCCAAAAGGGCUUACUGUCGAUGACAGAGGAAAUAUAUACGUUGCAGAUACAAUGAAUAUGGCUAUCAGGAAGAUUAGUGAUACAGGGGUUACAACUAUAGCUGGAGGAAAAUGGGGUCGUGGAGGAGGCCAUGUGGAUGGUCCUAGUGAAGAUGCGAAAUUUUCAGAUGAGUUUGAUUUGGUUUACAUUGGAAGCACCUGCUCUCUGUUGGUUAUAGACAGAGGAAACCAGGCAAUUAGAGAGAUACAACUCCAUGAUGAUGAUUGUUCCUAUCAUUAUGAUGGUAGUUACAAUUUAGGAAUAUUUAUGCUUGUUGCUGCUGCAUUCUUUGGUUACAUGCUAGCAUUGCUGCAGCGUAGGGUCCGAGCUAUGUUUUCGUCACAAAAUGAUUCAAGAAACUCAUUAAAAAGAGGUCCACCAGUGGCGCCAUAUCAAAGGCCUCCUAAAUCUGCCAGGUCACCCUUAAUUCCUACUGAAAAUGAUAUUGACAAAUCAGACGAUGGUUUUUUUGGUUCAAUUGGGAGACUUCUCCUCAACACCGGGUCAUCGGUAGCUGAAAUUUUUGGGGGAUUAUUUUCAGGCUUAAGGAGAAAGCCCACCCACUAUCAGUACCAGCAUCAAUACCAGCAUCAGUACCAGCAACGGAAUGUACCCUCAAAUGGAUGGCCCAUGCAAGAAAGCUUUGUCAUUCCAGAUGAAGAUGAACCACCAUCAAUAGAAACAAGAAGCCCUACACUAAAGAACUAUCCAUAUAUGAAUAAGGAUUUGGAGAAAAAACAUUACACCAAGCAAACCCGAGCUUACAACAACAGUUGGGAUGGUGAUUAUUACCACCACCAGCAACAGCAGCAGAUACAGAACCAGCAACAGCAUCAUCAUCGCCAUUUUUCACCUAGUCCACAGACUUACUAUGAGAAAAGCUGUGAGACAAACGAGAUAGUUUUUGGGGCAGUUCAAGAACAGAAUGGACGACGUGAAGCUGUGGUGAUAAAGGCUGUUGACUAUGGUGAUCCCACCAAUAGCCACCAUAAUAUUCGACCGCGACUGAAUUACAUGGGUUAUUCCCAUGGCUAUUCAUAGUCUAUUACGACAUAUUUUAUAAAUUAGAUGGCACAUGAAGAUCUUUAACUUCAUGUCUCUGCUACUAGAUGAAGAUGGGAAGUUUGACGUGACUCUAUCACAAGGAAUGUUAUGUUACCUUUGCUUGUAGUAAUAGUAUUAGGAUUGAUGUAUCUUGACACUUAAGUUUGCUUGUUUGUAGCAGAAGUUAUGUAUAAUGCAUUAUCUUUUAGAUUAGAAACGAAGAGAAUGUAGGCAACGCCAACUUUGCAGUAGAAUUAAUGUGGCUUCCUUUGUA